UGUCGGAAAGUAAUUUACGGGUUUCCUCCGCAGACUUAACACGCGUUAGCUAGGUAGAGACGUUAAUCCAAUAACAACUGGCGACGGGCAAAACGAGCGUACCCAACGUCAGAAAAAACGAGCUACGAGCUAAGCUAACCUAGCUAACACAAUUGGCUACCUCCAAAGUAUGCCUGGUUUUACCCAACUGGUGUCGUGUGUCGCUGUAUUUUUUUUUGUUAACGUCCAUUGUUGUUGUUGCUCGAAAUACCGAAGUGGACGUGUCGGACAUUCUUCGGAGGGGACGACAUCUUUCUCGUUAAACGCACCGUUUGGUCGGUCGAUCGGCACCCAAGGCUGGGCGGCCGUUGUCAACGGUAACCUCCUCAUGCAGAGUGACCCCCAAUCCCCCAGUGGAGGCGCGCACACCGGGAUCUCCACCGGUUACAACGUAAACAAAGCACGGGGCUGCUCGGGCAACAUGCUCAUAAACACAAAAUAAAACCAUCUGCACCGACGGAGGGGUCAUGGAAAGCAUUUGCCAUUGUUAGAACGAAGCACUAUCUCGGACACAGCCAGCGCGCGCCGGUGAUUGGUCGGAGGGUACGUCGCCUAAAUCAGCUGCUGGUCAUGUGUGAAGCCGCGGUCUGAUGCCCACCCUCCCCUCAGCGCUGGCCAUGGACGGGGAGAACUACCUGCAUCCAGAAGGCCCUCAGCUGGACAGCAGCUUGUUCUCUGUGGCCUCCUCUAACAUGGAGAGUUCAAUAUAUGCCUCCUCUGAUUCCUGGGGAUCCUACUCUCAGCCGGCUGGAUACAGCAUACACUGCCCUAUGCAAUCUGGAAACCAGCAAUACCACGUGAACAGCAGCACUACCACCACCACUCCGGAUGUGCACAUGGACAUGUACUCGGGAUUCCCCGACGUGGACUUUUCCAGCCUCAACCUCCCUAGGAAUGGAGACUUCCCCCAGGACCUGUCCUGCAUCGAUGACCUCUCCACGAACUCUCUGUUCUCCUCUCCGGCCGACUCGCUGUCGGAGUACGCCGACGCGCAGCCCUUCAUCAGCCCGGACAACCUGAACACGGUGCCCACCCUCUGGGACGUCAACACUAGCACCACCGCCACCACCACCACCAACACACCAGCACAGAGCCAGCUAGAGCUGAAUGGCACCAGCAGGUUUCAUGGCUUGGCCAGUUUGGAUGAUAUAACUGCUAUUAUCAGCACGCCACCUUUAGGAGGAUUCCAGCCUCAGAGAACCCAGACGCCCACCGAGGAGGAAGAGGAUGCCGAAGAAGAGGAGACAGAGGAACUGGGACAUGUAGACACAUAUGCCGAGUACAGACCUUCCAAAUCCACUAUAGGAAUUUCUCAUCCUGACAUAGUGGUGGAGACCAACACGCUAUCCAGUGUCCCUCCUCCUGACAUCACAUACACCCUGUCCAUCCCUGAGCCGACGGUCAACUGUGGCCUGCUGUCCGCUCUGCAGCUGGAGGCCAUCAUCUACGCCUGCCAGCAACACGAGGUCAUCCUUCAGAACAACCAGAGGGCCGGCUUCCUGAUCGGAGACGGGGCGGGGGUCGGGAAGGGUCGCACGGUGGCAGGGAUCAUACUGGAGAACUACCUUAAGGGAAGGAAGAAAGCACUGUGGUUCAGCAUAUCCAAUGACCUGAAAUUUGAUGCAGAGAGAGAUCUCAAAGACAUAGAUGCACUGAAUAUCCCCGUGCAUGCCUUAAACAAGAUUAAGUAUGGAGACACAGCUACCUCAGAAGGAGUCCUGUUCGCGACUUACUCUGCGCUGAUUGGAGAGAGCCAGGCGGGAGGGCAGCACCGGACCAGAAUCAAACAGAUCCUGGACUGGUGCAAGCCGGACUUCGACGGAGUUAUUAUUUUUGACGAAUGCCACAAAGCCAAGAAUGCCACUUCUACAAAGAUGGGCAAGGCCGUGCUCGACCUGCAAAACAAGCUGCCGCGGGCCAGAGUGGUGUACGCCAGUGCCACAGGUGCCUCUGAGCCAAAGAACAUGAUCUACAUGAGCCGCCUGGGAAUCUGGGGUGAGGGCACGCCCUUCCGGGCCUUUGAAGACUUCCUGCACGCCAUCGAGAAGAGGGGCGUCGGCGCCAUGGAGAUUGUCGCCAUGGACAUGAAGGUGAGCGGCAUGUACAUCGCCCGGCAGCUGAGCUUCUCGGGGGUGUCGUUCCGCGUCGAGGAGAUCGGACUGGACAGCGACUUCAAACUGGUCUAUAACAAAGCCGCCAAGCUGUGGGCGGAGGCGUUGCAGGUGUUCAUGCGCGCGGCCGACGAGCUGGGCCUGGUGAGCAGGAAGUCUCUGUGGGGGCAGUUCUGGUCGUCCCACCAGCGCUUCUUCAAAUACCUCUGCAUCGCCGCCAAGGUCCGCUGCCUGGUGGAGCUGGCCCGGAAAGAGCUGCUGGCCGGAAAGUGCAUCGUCAUCGGGCUGCAGUCCACCGGAGAGUCCCGGACCAGAGAAGUCCUGGACGAGAACGACGGGCAGCUCGACAGAUUUGUCUCUGCGGCAGAGGGCGUAUUCCAGUCUCUCGUAACGAAGCAUUUCCCUUCAGAGAAACAGAGGAGAGAGAAAGCUCCGGGGAAUAAGAGAAAACGGAAGCCUCGAGGUCGCCAGCACAAGGUCCCGAAGCACACCGUGGACAGCGGCGGCGUGAUCAACAUCAGCGAUGACAGCAGCAGUGACUCGGACGGCAUGGACACGGACUCCAACUCCUCACCGGACUCCCUGCUAGACAACGACGACGUCAUCUUUGUCAACCACACGAGCUGCCAGACCGCCAGGAUAGAGGAGAUGAAGCAGGGCCUCCUCAACAAGAUAUCCGUGCUGGGAAAAGAACUACCUCUCAAUACCUUGGACGAGCUCAUCGAUAAGUUCGGAGGACCGGAUAAAGUCUCGGAGAUGACCGGUCGCAAGGGUCGCGUGGUGCGGCGCCCCGAUGGCAGCGUUCGUUACGAGUCCCGGGCCGAGCAGAACCUCACCAUCGACCACAUAAACAUCAAGGAGAAAGACCGCUUCAUGGGCGCAGAGAAGUUCGUGGCCAUCAUCUCGGAGGCGGCCAGCUCCGGGAUUUCCCUGCAGGCGGACAAGCGAGUGAAAAACCAGCGGCGCCGGGUCCACAUGACCUUGGAGCUGCCUUGGAGCGCAGACAGGGCCAUUCAGCAAUUUGGUCGCACCCAUCGGUCCAAUCAGGUGACGGCCCCAGAGUACAUCUUCCUCAUCUCAGAGUUGGCCGGGGAGAGACGUUUCGCCUCCAUUGUGGCUAAAAGACUAGAGAGUCUGGGAGCGUUAACCCACGGAGACCGAAGAGCCACGGAGUCCAGAGACCUGAGCAAGUACAACUUUGAGAACAAGUACGGCACCAAGGCUCUGGAUAAGAUCACCAAAGCCAUCCUCGGCCACAUAGAGAACAAGGUGCCCCCACCCAAAGGCUACCCUGUGGGCGAAGCCCUGUUCUUCAGAGACAUGAAAAUUGGAAUGAUGGACGUGGGCAUCUUUUGCAGGGAGUCGCGCUUCGGGAUCAGCACUGAGAAAGACUGCAGCAUCACCAAGUUCUUAAACCGCAUCCUGGGCCUGGAGGUCCACAAGCAGAACUACCUGUUCCAGUACUUCACGGACAACUUCGACUACCUGAUCGAGAAGGACAAGAAGGAGGGCAAAUAUGACAUGGGAAUCCUAGAUCUCGCCCCGGGCAACGAUGAGAUCUAUGAGGAGAAGCAGGAGACCUUCCUGACAGUUGGAAAUCCUCAGGACGGACAGGUUGUUCUCUAUAAGAUCAGCGUGGACCGAGGCAUGCCCUGGGGGGAGGCCUACAACAGGUCCCUGAAGCUCAGCGGCCCCGAUGAGGGGUUCUACCUGUCCCUGAAGCUGCGAGGGAACCACCCGUGCGUGCUGCUGGCGGAGCAAGGACGAGGCAAGAACCUCAUCGUCUACAAGCCCAACAUCGGCAAGCAGACGCACCCGGAGAGCCUGGACAACCUGCAGCUGCGCUACCGAAAGGUGACUUCAGAGGAAGCCAGGGACAGCUGGGAGAACCAGUUCACCUUCUCCUUCAAGAAGUGCAGCCACGCCAACUGGAACGGGAAGUGUAAGAAAAUCGAGGAAGGUCAGGAGUGUCUGCAGGGCAUGCGCCUCCGUCAGUACCACAUGCUGUGUGGCGCUCUGCUGCGGGUGUGGAAGCGUGUCUCCGACGUGGUGUCUGACCUCACCAGCUCCAGCAUCCUGCAGAUCGUCCGCCUUAAAACCAAACACCACAACAAGCAAGUCGGUAUCAAGAUCCCCGAGAACUGCGUGGCCCGCGUGCGCGAGGAGCUCCUCCAAAUGGACGACGAGGUGAAGCGCAGGCGCAAGGAGAGGGAGCAGCAGGCCCUGGAUCAGCGGCUGGAGAAGGAGCGGGCGCGCAAAAUGGAGCAGGACAACAAGCACCUGCUGGCCAACCUGUUCAACCAGAAGCCGAUGCUCAACCAGUCGCUCAACCAGUCGCUCGCCCAGAGCCAGGUCCUCAAACAGAAGCUGAACCAAAACCCUCUGCAAAGGACGCAAGCUGGGAGCAUGACGCAGCUGCAGAGGCUGCAGGCCCAAAACCAGUCUGCUCUCCAGCAGAACUUACCCCUGUUGUCCUUGCAGAGAAACCCCGGUCGAACGCAGCAAAGGACCCACAACAGCUGGCCCAACAACUCCGCCGCCGCCAACAACCAGGGCUCCGGCGUCUCCAACACGGUCGGCGUCCGCUCCAACGCGGUCGGCGUCCGCUCCAACGCGGUCGGCGUCCGCUCCAACUUCUCCCAGUUCUACCCCCAGUCCUUCGCCUCCCCUUUCUCGCAGCUGAAGAGCCCGUCGCUUCCGCUGCGCCCGUCCGCGCUGUCUCCCGGCGUGUCUUCCAAGGAUCCCCUGGACGAGAUCCUGGACCUGACCGUGGGCUCGCCGUCCCCCUCGCCGGACAGCACGGAGGCGGGGCUGACGCUGGACGGCAUGGCGGGACACUCCGCGGCGUUCGGGGAGGACUUUAACCUGGAGUCUCUGAUGUCUCAGGCGGCGCCCAACGCCCAGCACGCCGCGCUGAUCCAGCAGCCUCUCCUGCUGCAGCAGCGUCUGCAGGCGGCGCCGCAGCAGAACCACAACCUGCUGGCCAACAGCCACCACCAAGACUUGUUAGAUCUAUUGGACCUGCCCCUGUCCACCCAGAUGCCCACGCAGAAAGCCAGCCCGUCGUCCUCUACCUCGUCCUGCUCUUCCUCCACGUCCUCCGCCUCGAACAACCUGCUCCCGCACGCCCCCGCCGCCGCCGGCCUCCUGCCGCCGUCCGGCCUCAUCCCGACGCCGUCGUCCUCCUCCUCCCUCUUCUCCAGCCCGUCCUCGUCCUCCUCCCUGUUCUCCAACUCUUCCCCCUGCUUCUCUUCCAACUAUCUCCUCUCCCAGUCGGACUCGCUACCUUUGCCCAACGGCCACUCCGGCGGCGGCGGCGCCCUGGACGUCCGCGAGGCCCUGAACAGCAUGCUGCAGGGACCGGACCGCUCGUCCGUCAUUCAGUACCGGCUACAGGACUAAGAGCUUGAGCGGCUCGUCCGGACUUUUGUCUUUUUCCCCUUUUUUUUUUUUUUUUUAAUUGUUUUUGUUUCGUCUCUCUUUUUUUUAUUUUAAAAAAGCAGAUUUUGUCUCGUUUGCUGCUGUCUUAUGAUCGCAACCUAGGACCUACUCCCUCCUCCUCCCCCCUCCCUCCUCCCCCCCCUCAGGGCCUAUAGUCACGUCACUGCCUGUCCUGCGCUCGGCUCACCCUUCCCCCUCUUUACCCACCUGUAGCGUUCACCUGUUUUGAGGCUGUUUCAGCGGGCUCCCAUCAUGAUCAGAUUUCUGCACCCAAAGUGGGUGAAAGGCAGCUGUAAAACAAAACAAAAUGACCCCCCCCAGGUGAUAACUGUAUUUUAUUGAACAUAUACGAGCUGUCAAAAAACAAAAAAACAAAAGCUCACUCAUCCAGGUGUGGAAAUCUUUUAACGAAACCUCCCGCUGCUGAUUUUUUACGAGGUCUGAUUGGUGAAGCUGCUGGAAGCUCUGUUCUUUUUUUCUUUUUUUUUAAAACAAUCCACAUCUUUUGCUUUUAUUACCGUUACUUCUGCUUCGUGGUCUUGACUCGACGAGGCCGUAUGCAAGGCUCAAAAAGAUAUCAACUUGAAGAUGAGGAGAGGAAAGGAAAAAAUAAACUAACCCCCCCCCCCCCCCACCCCACCCCAGAUGAAAUCUUUUAGCUGAUAAGCCAUGAAAUGCCUCAGUUUUCUUCUUCUUCUUCUCCUUCUUUUAGUGUAGUUCUCCUUCGUGCUCCCUCUUGUUUCUCUCCCUGCUUGUAUGAACACUAGUGUGAGGAAAGGAAGGGAGAGGAAGGAGCCGUCUGCUGUUGCAAACAGUGCCUUGUUUUGGAGAAAUCUAUAAAUGCAGUCUUUAAAGAUUCCAUGUAGCCUAAUGUAUAGAUUUGUACUCUUGAGCGUCGUCAUUUUUAAUUUAAACACGGUAUAUUUUGUAUUUAACUCUCUUUUUUUUUCCCUCCCCUCCCCUCCCUCCAUCCUCCUCGGUCGUUGUUUGUGUUACACUAAUGCUGGUGGCGGGUUUCAGGAAGAAGCCUCCGCUCAAGCCCGUAUGACGUCUGUGUAGCAGCGGAUGUGUCUUCCUUUUAUGUCUCCUGCGUCCUCCUUUUUGUCUCCUGUGUCCUUCUGUCCUUGUUGACGCGACAACACGCUACGUGGUCAGUACGGCGCGGAUAAAAAGAAAAAUGUCCAAAAAUGUUAGCAACUUUCUUUGUUUUUCUUUUCUUCUUUUUUUAAAAGCUGACAAUAACAUUUAGCGAUGCGACUCCUGGUUUGAUCGGAUAUUGAAUUUCUCAGGAAAGUCUCGAUUGCUUUUGUUGUUGUUGUCGUCGUUGUUGUUGUUUUUGUCGUUUUUUUUGACCAAACAAACAUGAAAAUGUGUUGGUUUUUUUUUAAGUCUUUUUAAAUAUGGUGGAUGACAAAGAAUUUCGAGGUUUUUAUUGUCUUGAGGGCUGAAAACGUUAAAAAAAAAUUAAAAAAAUAAAAAGAAGAAAUAAUAAAAUAUUAUCAAGAAAUAUUUUUCAAGACUUUAAAAACUAUAAAAAAAAAAAAAUAAAAAAAAUUGUUUGAAACGUGUGCAGACUUGUGACGUUCACUGCAUAUGAUAUAGUACAUAUUUAACAAAACAAAAAAAAAGACAAGCAACCCAUGUGAGAGACGGCCAUCUUUGUGUGAAAAACCAAUGCAGUCGGUUCAUGACGGAAACAAAUGUCGGGUUUAAGUUCAAGUGAUCAAAAAGCAAUAAAACCAUAUUCUACAUUUUGUUGUGAAA